AUGGAAAAAAUUUAUGCGAAACCAAAGGAGGUGUCAGACCUGGUCAAUACUCAGUCCUGGAUGGACAAAGGUGUGAGCUCACAGAAUGAGUUAAAAGAAGAGGAAAGACAACCUACUGCUUAUGGGAUGAUCUGCAACUUAACUGAAGAUCAUGACAGUAUUGAGGAAGAAGAGGAAGAGGAUGGUGAUAAGCCUAAACGGAGGGGUCCUAAGAAAAAGAAAAUGACCAAAGCUCGCCUUGAGAGAUUCAGGGCUCGAAGAGUCAAGGCUAAUGCAAGAGAGAGGACCAGAAUGCAUGGCCUAAAUGAUGCCCUUGACAACCUCAGGAAAGUCAUGCCAUGUUACUCUAAGACCCAAAAGCUUUCUAAGAUAGAAACUCUAAGACUGGCCAGGAACUAUAUUUGGGCUUUGUCUGAGGUCCUGGAAACUGGCCAGACACCUGAGGGGAAGGGCUUUGUGGAGAUGCUCUGUAAAGGGCUCUCGCAGCCCACAAGUAACCUGGUGGCUGGAUGCCUCCAGCUAGGCCCUCAGUCUAUCCUAGAGAAGCAUGAGGAGAAAUCAUCUAUUUGUGACACUGCCAUUUCUAUUCACAACUUCAACUAUCAGUCUCCUGGGCUCCCCAGCCCUCCUUAUGGCCAUAUGGAAACACAUCUUAUUAAUCUCAAGCCCCCAGUAUUCAAGAGUUUGGGAGAAUCAUCAUUUGGGAGCCAUCCACCUGACUGCAGUACCCCUCCUUACGAGGGCUCACUUACUCCACCUCUAAGUAUCAGUGGGAAUUUCUCCUUGAAGCAGGAUGCCUCUCCUGACCUGGAAAAAUCCUACAGCUUCAUAGCACAUUACCCUUCUUCAAGUAUAAGCUCAGGGCAUGUGCAUUCAACUCCCUUUCAAUCUGGUACCUCUCGCUAUGAUGUUCCCAUAGAUAUGUCCUAUGAUUCCUAUCACCACCAUGAAAUUGGGGCCCAGAUAAAUACAAUAUUUACUGAUUAG